CUAUUAAUAUAACUCUUCUAUCUAAUUCAUUCCCCUCCCAUAACCGGCCGAAAAGACUUUAUGAGUACACACAGCGUUUACUAGGACAAGAGAACUUGUAUAUCCUUGUAGCCUUGUCUGAUUUUCAUACCAUGGAGUGAUCGACGCGCCCCCAUCCACCAGGUGAGUGGUUUAUCGUCGAUGUGUCCAGGCCAAGUUGGAAACUUGGAGUGACACGACUGCCUGCCUCAUCUACUGGUAAGAUCCCUGAUGUUUAGACCCUGCUAGUUCCGUUAAGGAAACACUUCAACAAGUCAUGCAACUGGCAAACUCCACUCGGAAGGACGCUUCCUGCAAUUUAUUCUGUGAACUUCCCAGUCUUUGCACAAUUCGGACUUCUCCCUUCCUAUCACUUUUUCUCUCAAUCAAGUUCGCUUCCCUUUCCCUUUCCCCGCCAUCCCCAUUUUCCCGAGAUUAUAAUUGGCAGUUUCAAUGCAAUGGCAGAGCACCAGUCCUCUUCGCACAAACACCCAAUCUCUUUUUGGUUGGUCUUUCUGUCGCUUUGCCUCCUCUCCUUCGUCUCCGCGCUAGAUGGCGCAAUCAUUAGUACGGCGCUACCCAAAGUGACCGCCUCCCUCGGCGGGGAAGCGGACUACAUUUGGAUUGCCAACAGUUUUACCAUUGCGCAGACGGUGGUGCAGCCGUUUCUGGCGCAGCUCUGCGACAUCUUUGGCCGGCGCGGCCCCAUUUUGGUCUCAGUGGCUCUGUUCCUCCUGGGCAGCGGACUAGCGGGAGGCGCCUCCACUGUGGGACAAUUGAUCGCCGGUCGCACGGUUCAAGGGCUCGGCUCGGGCGGCAUCUACAUCUUGGUGGAUUUGAUUGUGUGUGAUCUGGUGCCUCAACGUGAACGGGGGCAAUAUCUAGGGAUUGUCCUAUCCUUAGCUGCUGUGGGUGCGGUUCUCGGCCCUGUCCUGGGAGGCGCCUUGGCCCAGGCGAACUGGCGAUGGGUCUUCUAUCUCAACCUCCCCCUGGCAGGGCCGGUACUUUUGUUCAUGCUCUUCUUCCUGCGGCUCGAUACUCCUUCACUCCGGGCCACCGAGGGACUAUGUGCAUCCCUUCGUCGCGUCGACUGGACAGGUAAUUUCAUAUUCACCGGCUCGAUACUGGCUCAGCUGCUAGCCUUGGUGGGAGGAGGCACCCUUCACCCUUGGUCGUCAGCAUCGACGCUGGUGCCCCUAAUCAUCGGCGUUGUCGGAUGGGUGGCCUUUCAUGUGUAUGAGGCCCUCCCUUCCCGAUGGUGUCCUCAUCCAUGCAUGCCACCUCGCCUGUUCGGGACGCGGAACAGCUUUGUGGGCUUCAUACUGGCCUUCGAUGCUGCCCUCUUAAUGCAGUGGACACUCUACUUCCUUCCGAUAUAUUUUCAGGGUGUGCAGCGCAAAACGCCUCUGACCUCUGGCGUCGACCUUCUCCCCUACAGCUCUUUCCUUAUCCCCUUUGCCAUGGUAGCGGGGGGUAUCAUGUCUCGUACGGGGGCGUACCGGCCACUCCAUGCUACAGGCUUUGGCGCACUGGCCCUCGCUCUGGGCCUGUUCACCCUUCUGGGACCACAAUCGCCACGGGCCGCCUGGGUUUGCGUGCAGCUGCCCGCCGCGCUUGGGCAAGGCUUUCUGGCCACGACCAUCCUCCCAGCCAUCCAAGCUGCCCUUAGCGCCGCUGAUACUGCCAGUUCCACAGGGGUCUACGCUUUUCUCCGCUCCUUGGCUUUUGUCUGGGGCUCCACCGCACCCGCUAUUGUCUUUGACGCCCGCAUUGACGUCUACGCCGCUCAACUCAUCCCCGACGCUACCUUGCGAGCCAAUUUUAGCGGCGGCCAGGCUUACGGUGCUGCUGCUGACUUUGCGGGUGACUGGGGCCAAAACCUCCUCUCCGCCAGCCAGAGGCACCAGGUCCAAGAAAUGUAUCGACUUGCUCUAAAGACGGUCUGGCAGGUAGCCCUGGCGUUUGCCUUGUUCGGGGUUGUGGUGGGGUUGGCAAUGCGCUCGGUAGAACUGCAUAAAGAGCUGGAUGAGACCGGCUACGGCCUGAAAAAUGGGCAGGAGGAGAAGAGAGUAGUUAUCGGUGAGAGUAAUAUAACAGAGGAGGGGUAUAGUCAUGGAGAUGAGAUAGAUGCUGGGGGCGAUAGUAAAAAAUGAACAGCCCCAUGGUGGAGACCCGGGUCAGUGAAGCUUUCCGUGGUGGACGAUUUUGCGCUUCGUGAAUUCCGGGCGAAUGCCACAUCGGCCUACUCUGUACACAUUAUAUCAGUUCUUCCUUUCUUUCCCUUUUUAUUAUUUCUAUUUAUUCUUAUUACUGUCAUUUUCAGUUCCUUGGGUUUCCGUUCAUCAAAUUUAAUUGUUUCGAAUGUGAAGAGAAAUCACAAGAUGGAUCUGGUUUGGACUUAAGUGAAGUUUUCUAGUCCGUCUGGUGUAUUAUGCCGUCCAAAUAAUGAUUGCCCAUUCCACUGUGCCUCUUUUGUUGGAAGUUGGAAGCAAAUGGAUAUGGGACUCAGUUACCACAAAAAGAUACUACCACUCGUAGUACUAUCCAC